UCACGAUCCCAAAAGUUGCCUUCUCUCCGUAGACGCUAGUUUUCAAAGUUAGCACACGGAUGUCGAAACGUGAAUGUGCUGAAAAUGACGGCUGUUUUAUUAUCCUACCAUAGGAAUGCAUUUAAGAUUGAAAAAUGUAGUACUAGUAAAUUAAAGUGAAGUUUUUAAAAUUAUGCAUUUUUACGUGUUUUUCAUGUUUUUCACUGCAUUCUUCAAUACAGUAUUUUCUGUGUAUGAAGCCAAUUGUUCAAAUUUGUUAAUGGGCCAAUAUUUUUGUUUGCCUCCAGAUAUUGAUCCUAAAACCCAGCAACCUAAAACGUGCCAAAAGAAUAAUAUAGCCAAAGUUCUUUGUGUGACUGCAGAAGGCAUAAUUUGCGAAGCAGGAACUGGUGUGAAUGAUACUACUUUUGAAAAGGAUAUUGAUUGUGAAUAUACGAAUGGAUAUUCAUUUGAAACUGCUUUGUUACUGUCCUUGUUUCUUGGGAUGUUUGGUAUGGAUCGAUUCUAUUUGGGUUACCCAGCUAUUGGCUUAGCAAAACUCUGUACAUUAGGUUUCAUGUUCCUUGGACAGUUAAUUGAUAUAAUACUAAUAGCCCUACAGGUUGUUGGUCCUUCAGAUGGCUCACAUUAUGUAAUCAGUUAUUUUGGACCAAAAUUGACAAUUCUGAAGAAAGAUAAUGAGACAUAUGUAAUGCCUCAAGAUGACUGGUAACGUACCUGGUGUUAAAAGGAGUAUCAAAUAUAAAUUGUACAAAUUGUUAAUUAAAGUACAAAUGAUUGUAUAUGCUUAGGACUCUAGGCAUCUGUUUUGCAAACAUAAAUUAUAUGAAACUAAUUGUAUGAAAGAAGCCAUAUGGGUAUCUGUACAUAGUAAAAAUAUUUUUCACUCUAAAA